AGAAAGAAUUGUUUCUUUCUCCUCCGUCCGUCGAGAGAGUAGUGAGUUAAUUUCUCUCUCUUCCGCCAUAGCUACCUUUUAUACAUUCUCUCCAUAUAUUCAUUCAUUCAUUCUCUCUCUCUCUCUCUCUCUCUCUAAUGUGAUUUUACCAUUUUGCCCUUCUUCGACACCUAGAAAGAGAUCCCUCAGAUCCAUUUUCAGGGUUUUAUUAUUUCCAAAGCUUUUCUCAAACUCCAACCCUCUCACUCCAUUUUUCUCCAAAAAAAAAAAAAAAAAAAAUUCAUCUAACUCUCAUUUUCGCCAUUUUUGCACACUCAGAUCCUUCAAUUCAAUCUCGCAUUCUUCUUUUCAGCUUAAAUUAUUGUACUCACAGUUUUUGCAUCUUCUUCCGGUUUAGCCCCAAUUUUUUUAUUUUUUUUUUCCGAUCCCGUUGACUCUCAUUUCUAGGGUUUAUUGGAGGAGGAGAAAACCAAAUUAGGGUUUUCGUUGGCCAUGUUGGGAACCGGUUUACAGUUCGGGGGUCGUGGACGUGGUGAAGAUCGGUUUUAUAACUCUGCUAAAGCGCGUAGAGCUCAACAGAACCAACGCGCCGAACAACUACGGCGAGCUCAGAGUGACGUCACGCCAUCUCCGUCUUCUUCUUCUUCUUCUUCGGUCAAGGAAACUACGGUUCAAAGGGAGCCCGAUAACCAUGUUGACCGGGUUAGCUUUGGGGAACCGCAGAAGCCGAUUGCGAUGCCGGUUAUUGAACCUGUCUCGCCGUUGAGUAAUCUUGAGCGGUUCGUUCAGUCGAUCACGCCGUCCGUACCUACUCAAUACCCUUCUAAGACGACGAUGAAAGGGUGGAGUGGUGAAGUUGAAUCCCGGCCAUUUUUUGUGUUGGGUGAUCUGUGGGAGUCUUUCAAGGAGUGGAGCGCUUAUGGUGCAGGAGUUCCUCUAGUAUUGAAUGACAGUGAUUGUGUGAUUCAGUACUAUGUUCCUUACUUAUCCGGUAUUCAAAUAUAUGGAGACUCUGCCAAGUUAUCCGUAAAGCAAAGGCGGCCAGAUGAGGACAGUGACAGUGAUUUUAGAGAUUCAAGUAGUGAUGGAAGCAGUGAUUGCGAAACUGAAAGAUUAAAAUAUAUGCGGGAGCAACAUAGUCAACAUAAUUUGUCUAGUGAUGUUUCCAGGAGGAUAGACAGAUUAUCUUUGAGAGACCAUCCUAGUUCGCUUCAAGAUGAUUUUUCUAGUGAUGAUGGUGAAUCUGCUAUUUCUCAGUCUUGCUUAAUAUUUGAGUAUCUUGAACGGGACCCUCCAUAUAGUCGUGUACCGUUGGCUGAUAAGUUAGCAGAUCUUGCAUUUCGGCUUCCUGAGCUGAAGUCGCUAAGAAGUUGUGAUCUCUUAAGAUCCAGCUGGAUUUCUGUUGCCUGGUAUCCAAUAUAUAGAAUUCCAACUGGGCCAACUUUAAAAGAUCUGGAUGCUUGCUUUCUAACGUACCAUCAUCUUCACACGCCUAUGGGAGGUGUAUGGAAUGCUUGUGCUCCAGUUGUAAUGCGUCCUAGUGCGACAGAAGGCGUCCCUAAAAUGUCCUUGCCUGUUUUCGGUCUUGCUUCUUACAAGUUUAGAGGAUCCUUGUGGACUGCAAAUGGGGGAUCUGAGCGCAUAUUAGCAAACUCCCUCUCUCAAGCUGCAGAUGACUGGUUAAGACAGCUUCAAGUCAAUCACCCAGAUUUCCUGUUUUUCAGCCGUCGAUGAUAUCAAAAUGCGACUUUGAUUUUGAUACUCCUGCCGUUCUAAAAGUGAAGCCUGUGAAGCACAGCCGUUGGAUGGUUCCGUUGAACACUGGAUGGCAAGUUUUUCUGCAGUUCUUUGAUUUGGUUUUUGUGUUAUUUGGUUUUGUUGGAAAAGAAAACGACCGAAGAAAAAAAAAGAAAAAAGUGAAAAAAAAAGAAGCAAGAAAAGAACGGAAAUACAGCAUAAGGUGGUGAAGCUUUUGAACGGGUAACGAGGUGCCGUAAUAAAAAGCUCCACCAAAUGAAUAUGAAUAGACGAAAAUAUAGAGUUGUAGAAGAAGGGCUAAGCUUUUUAAGGUAAAAAAAAAUGUGCUUAGUAUUGGCAAGUAGUCAGUCUUGAUCUUGCCCUGUUUUCUGUAAUCUGUUUUUAGUAUGUUGUGAAAAACCAGGAUUUUUUUUUAAUGUCCUGAUGAUGUUGUUGAUGUUAGGAUGUAUUUUAUAAUUUAUAUAAGGGGAUUUUGGCAAUAGAGGUUUUAUGUAAGUGUCAACUUUGAGGUUUCCCCAUAUAAGUUUUUAUUGCUAACUAAGUUCUGUUGUUUAUGUUCAUUAAGAGCUAUAUAUCUGUGGUUUGAAUGAAUUAUCACUCCACUGAUGAUGAUUUUGUAA